UUUGAUAAAGAUAUAAAAUCCAAAAUAAAACAGAUUUACCUAAAAAGUUUGCUUUAAUACUUACUACAGUUGUUUUCUGACUUGUUUAGUCUUCUGGCGAAGUUUAAGUGCGAUUUGAGGCCAUUUAGCUUUUUGUCCGUGCAUACCUCGUAUAACACGAGCCCUGUUUAUGUGGACUUCCUGUCUAGAGCUACAGUAUACAAAACUCGCUCGAUCAAGAUGAAUGAAAAGGGAGAAUGCCCUUCUUCAAUACUAGAGAAGUUGAAGGUUUACCAAAAUAGAAUGGAAGAAGAGCUGAGACACACAAUGGAUUUUUGGAUAAACCAUUCUCAUGACAGUCAGAAUGGUGGCUUCUUUACUUGUCUUGGACAAGAUGGCAAGAUAUAUGACACAGAUAAGUAUGGCUGGAUGCUGGGGAGACAGGUUUGGAUGUAUUCAAAGCUUUACAAUGAAACUGCAGAAUAUAAAACUGACUUUGUUUUGAAAGCAGCUCUCUCAGGAGCUGAAUUUCUUAUGAAGCAUGUCAGUCGACAAGAAGAUGGUCGCUGUUACUUCCAGGUUACUGCCGAUGGAAAACCCAUCAAACUCCAAAGGAAGCUCUUUACCGAGUGUUUUUAUGCUAUGGCGAUGGCAGAGCUUGGGCGUGCAAUGGAUAUGCAGAAGUAUAAGAUACAGGCCGAGGAAACACUGUCCAAGAUAAUUUACUGGGCUCGUGUAGAUGACUCAGCCUUGGGGUUAACAAAAUUAGAGGGACAGAUGCUAGUCAAUGCAAUGGCCAUACCAAUGAUGCUGUUGUGUGUGAUAGAUGAGGUCUGUGGUUGUGAUGAAGCCAUCAGGGAGCGUUAUGCAGCUGAUGAGGAAUGGGCAGUACAACAAAUUUUGCAACAUGUGCAGAGAGAUGGCUCAAUAAUCCUUGAAACUGUGUCCAUGGAUGGCAAAGAGCUUCCUGGCAUUCAUGGCAGGCAUAUGAACCCAGGACAUGCAAUGGAGGCUGGCUGGUUCCUUCUUCAAUAUGCUGCCAGGAAAGGCAACAAGGAACUUCAGCAAACAGCAAUUGAUAAGUUCAUCAAAGCCCCUUUUGAUCUUGGCUGGGACAAGAAACAUGAAGGGAUAUUUUAUUUUCUUGAUGCUGAUGGUCUGUGUCCCGUUCCUUUAGAAUGGAACAUGAAGCUCUGGUGGGUGCACAAUGAAGCACUGAUUGCGUUGCUGAUGGCAUAUGAGAAAACUAGGGAGGAAGGACUUCUACAGAGAUUUGAUCAAUGCUUUAAUUACGCAUUUAAUAAGUUUCCAGACCCUAAACAUGGUGAGUGGUUUGGUUAUUUGGACAGGAGAGGAGACAUCACGCACACAAUAAAGGGUGGCCCAUUCAAAGGCUGUUUCCAUUUGCCACGUUGUCUUUACGUGUGUAUAGAUAUGCUUCAUAUGAUUUUACAAUCUUAACACUUUACAUCUGGUAGAACCAUUAAAUAUCAAUGUCAAAUUGGAAGAAUUGGGAAAUUGAUCAAUGUGCCAAAUUAUCUAAUUUACCACUAUACAUAAGGCCCAGUUUAAAUGUUGAAUUUCACUUGUGCUUAAUCUAAUGCAAAUGAAUGUAAACAACAAGUUUUGCUCAUUUGUAAUAGAUUUGGCACAUGCAAAAUUUGGGACUAAUUCAUGAAUAGUUAUUAAUGAUAAAAUAUAUAUGAGAUAUUUUUAGAUAAUUAGCUGAAAGUGUAGAAAUAGAAUUAUAUUCUAGGGAAUAACAAAAAGCUUAUCACAUAGGUUGAGAAAUAGCUUUUAAGAAAUCAUUUGACAGAAAGAUUUAGUUAAUAUUGAGUUUUUAUUUGAAAAAUUUMAAUUCAGAAUUUUCCUCAGUCGUAUUGUUGCUUUCACUAUUCACUGCACUUCAUAUUCAUAUUGACCUUAAUCUUUUUCUCUUUUGAUUUAUUCUUUUUCACUCAAAUCACCCUUUUUCUCAGGGCUGCAUUUUCAUCAAAUCCAAGAAACUAAAGGAAUGUAAAACCACACAUUUUGUUAUGAGAAUUACCAAACAAUUUUGUGAAAUUAUCUGAAAAACCAAUUAUUUUCUCUUAAAAUGGCAUUUGCGGCAAUAAUGCCUAUAUGCUAAGUUCAAAUGUACACAUAAUCAUGAGAAAAAAUUUCUUGGAAAAUGUAACCCACAUCACUUUAUGCAGCCUCCAGGGCAAUCAUUUUUACGCCAUAUCACAACAACUCCUGUUGAUAUACCUUACAGAAUUUAUCCAGGUGGAGCAGKAUUCGUUUUUGUUUAAGAGUCACACCUCAAGUCUAAGCUCCAAGAAAAAU